GGGAACCGUAAAUAUUUGUGUCUUCGAUAUCGAACAGGCUCUCCAUUAAUGUUAUUGAGCAUUUUUCAGCAAUGAAACCUCAUCAAGCGUUAGCCACAGUUUUACACGUGGUAUCCUUUUCUUUUCUCUCCCACUGCCUACCAAACACUCAUGAUGCUUUUCCACCUCUACUUGAUGCCACGCUCGAUGACUUGCGCUCCGGGUUGGACAGAAAUCUCUUCACCAGUGUUGACCUAGUACGGGCAUACAUUGAUAGAAUACAAGAAGUCAAUCCAAGCCUUAGAGCUGUCACUGAGGUCAAUCCUGAUGCAUUGUCCAUAGCCGCAGAGCGUGAUGCCGAGAGAAGAGCGGGCAUUAAUCCUUCCAAGCUGCCUCUUCAUGGCAUACCGGUUCUUCUCAAGGAUAACAUUGCCACAUUCGAUAAGAUGAAUAACACUGCUGGCUCAUAUGCCUUGUUGGGGGCCAAAGUUCCCGAGGAUAGCACCGUUGCAUCCAAACUGCGCAAAGCCGGGGCCAUCAUUCUCGGCAAAGCCAACCUAUCGCAAUGGGCAUCCUCCAGAGAGAUCGUCAAUCACGAGGGCUGGUCGGCCUACGGCGGCCAAGCAAUCGGCGCAUACUUCCCUGAUCAAGACCCCAGAGGGUCAUCAUCCGGAAGCGCUAUAUCUUCCUCCAUUGGGCUCACGUGGGCAGCCGUCGGGACAGAUACCGGAGGAUCGAUUCUGGAACCGGCACAUGCAAACAAUGUCGUGGGAUUCCGGCCCACGGUAGGGCUGACUUCGAGAUAUUUGGUGAUUCCAUACUCGGCGAGACACGACACUGUUGGGACUCUGACUCGGACGGUCAAAGAUGCUGCGUAUUUGAUGCAGGCCAUGGCGGGACGUGACGGGCGCGACAACUACACGAGUGCGAUUCCAUUUGAUGAGAUGCCCGAUUACGUUGCGGCAUGCAAGGAUUCGGGCCUCAGGGGUAGGAGAAUUGGCGUGUCCCGCGACAUCAUGGCUGUAAAGAAUUUUGAUUCCUCAUCCGAAAGCAAUCCGCAAGCCUUUGAGAAGGCGCUGGAUGUGAUUCGCUCAGCCGGCGCAGAAGUUGUUGACAAUAUCGACUUGGGCUGCUCCGUUGCGUAUCCGUAUCUGGUCAGCAUCAACAGUACUCGAAAGGCUGCCUAUAACACAAUUGGCUCAGAUUUCUUAUCCGACCUGCCAAACAGGUAUCUCAAUCUCCUCACGCAUAACCCCAACAACAUCACUUGUCUUGGAGACGUUCGGGAAUUUACGAGACGAGACCCUCGCGAGAACUACCCCAAUAUCAGCACCAGCGCGUGGGACGCUGACAUAUUCUUUGAUGUCUCCAAUACAGAUCCAACCUACUGGCACAACAUCACUCAAACCAGAGACCUCCUGGGAAACGACUGCGUAGCCGGGGCGAUCGAGAAGUACAACUUGGACGCAAUGGUCAUGCCCACGCCCUACUCGAUCCCGCCGGCGAGUGCAGUUGGCUUGCCUGUCGUCAGCGUGCCUCUGGGCCGCAGUCCGGAUGGCACUCCCAGGACGCCAUCCUACUGGAAGAACCUUGUGCAGUCGGCUCCCAAUGGCCCGCUUGGCAUCUCCUUUUCGGGACUUGCAUUCAGCGAAGAGAAGCUCUUUGCGAUGGCGUAUGCCUUUGAACAGAGGACCAAUGUGCGGAAGACUAUUCGCCCUUAUGUUACACCAAAGACGGAGCUGGUGGAUGUUGUGCGCAAGCGAUGUCUUGCGUCUCCGAGAUCUGAAGGGUGUGUGCACGCAGGGUUUUGAGUGAGACGGACGAGGUUGCUGGACUAGAGCACGUGGCGGUUAUGAGCUGAGGGAGCAUUGUUUUACGGAUAUGAAUGGUAAGACAGCGCCGGUGUUAUGGAUUUGAUGAAUUUGUUGUUUGAGAUUGUGAUACUUGCAAACUUGUUUGAGCAGUUGUUCGUGAUGGUGUGAAGCACUGCUUUAGGUGUGACGGGUGACAAUAGCAGCAAAUGAAAAUUUACCAAUCACUAAAAAGGGC